AUGCUGAAGGUAGUGUUGAACAACCAAUCACCAUCGCUUACUAAGGAUCAGCUGCUUACCUCCUUGAGGAGCGAGGAGAUGCGGAUUGGUGUCGCACCAAGAUCGGAUGAUGUAGCCACUUUUGGAGCGGGUACGAAAGUGGGCAGCAGCGGCAGGGGAAAUGGGGACAAGGGCGGAAAGCAUGGAGGCAGCGGUAGCAGCAGUGACACCAACUCGGGUAGAUGGGGUCAAGGAAAAGGCAAAGCAAGAGUGCUUGAUUUCCCCUGGGGGUCCAAGGGCAUGGCUCCUCGGGGGUUGUGUCAUGGCUGUUGGGAUGAGGGACAUGCAUGGCAGCGAUGUCCUCAUCGACCUAAGGGAGGCAUUCCGGCAUUCUUAAAGCGGGGGGGUCGUGGAUCCAACGGCAAGGCACAGGUGGCGGAUGAGGAGCAGGAUGACAAGGUAGAGGCAGUGGUUGGAGAGGCAGUUGCAGCAGUGGGAGAGGAGCAGCCGCGAGAAGGGUGGUGGAUUGACAUGCGCACACAGUCACUGGGAGGAGCGGUGUAUGUCCUCAGUCUCAUUGACGACUUCACCAGACGAGUUUGGUCGUUCCCACUCCCCAACAAGGAAUCGGCCACAGUCGCAAAAGUCCUUCGCCAGUGGUAUAAGGACGUGGAGUUGGAGUGUGGGCGGAAGCUGAAGGCUGUUCGUUCCGACAGGGGUGGCGAGUUCUUGGGGGACGCUGUGAAAGCAUGGAAAGCGGAGUUUGGCAUCAAAACCCAAUUGAGUGUCGCAGAUACACCGCAGCAGAAUGGGGUCGUGGAGAGAUGGCACAGGACGAUGGCAGAGGGGAUUCGCACAUUAUUGGUCGACAGUGGUCUCCCUGCUCGCUUGUGGGGUGAAGCAUUGAUGUGGGUCGUGUGGGUUAAGAACAGGGUCACCCACAGUGCUUUGCCUGCCUCCAUCACACCAAUGGAGGCGUGGUCCGGCCAAAAGCCGCAUGUGGGCAUGGCUCGGAUUUGGGGUUGCAUGGGGAGUGUCAUGCUGCAUGGGCAUGAGAAGGGUGGCAAGCUUGAUGCACGGGCUGUCAUGUGUGUCUGUGUUGGGGUGGACAUGGAGAGCAAGGGUUGGCGCAUGCUGGACCCUUCUCUCAUGCGCAUUCGCAUUGCUCGGGAUGUUGAUUUUCUUGAGAAUGUGAUGUGGAAGGAUUGGGACAAGGCGAAGGGAUUUGGGGAGCUUCUGCAGGAUGCAGCUACGAUUUCCCAACUCCCCCCUCUUCCACUCUCGCCACCCUCAGCAACGGCUGACGACGUUGAGAUGCCACCUUCAUCACGGCCACCGGCACCGCUGAGUGUGUCGGUGCAGCAGCAGCCCACCCUUGCAGCAGCUCAGUGGCCCCUCGGUCAUUCAGCGGAGAUCCGCUACACAUGCUACUUCCUCUUCCUCCUCCUCUGGUCAGCGCUCUGUCCCUCUCUCUACGGGUGCCCCUCCGUCACCAGCGACUACCUCCCCACCACCGGUUACGGGCUUGCAGGGAGGUGGAAGGUGUUGCACUGGCAGGUGUGA